CAUGAAAGCUGCAACAUCCAUUGCUCUUGCCUUGUCCUUACUCACAGGACUGUGUGUUGGAGUAGGAGUGUUAUCAUACCGCACAGAUGCAUUAAUUGGAGGGAACGUGAUUUUCAAUACAAACCUUGAUCCAACAGACAAUCCUUAUACGAAAAUAGCCUGGACUGUUAAUGGUAGAGAUAUAAUCGUCUUAACCUCUGCUUCAAACGUGACGGAACCAGGUUAUAAAGACAGGAUCUCUCUGGACACAUCCACUGGAUCCCUAGAGCUCACAGGUCUAACUUUAGGAGACAGAGGGAACUAUUCGGUGGAGUUCAGUAUUUCAGCAGAAGUCAUUUUAAAUGGAUCCACUGAAUUGGUUUUGCAUGAGGUGAUCGUUAAUGCUACCAUCAAAAAACCCCUGGCUACCUUGGUAGAAGAUAAAGACUCCACCAACCUGACCUGUGCUGCUGCUGGCUCCAUCAGCACCAGAGAGUGGAUGAAGGAUGGUGUGCCUCUCUCUCUCAGUGACAGAGUCAGCCUCUCUGGGGACAACAGCACAGUCGGUAUAAGUCCUGUGAACAGAACCGACAAUGCUGUUUACCUGUGUCGGCUCAGCAACCCUGUCAGCUCUGCCAGUGUCUCCUAUAACCUCGUGGUAAACUUCGGACCAGAGCUCAAGACCAUACUGGCACCAGAGAUAGCUGAGGUUGGCACCACCACUCUCCUAUACUGCUACGUCAGGUCGGUGCCACCUGCCAAACUCACCUGGCUGUUCAAAGGGGUAGAAACAGGCGUCCAUGAAAACGUUUACGUCAUUGAUGAGAGCAGUCACAGUGACAGUGGGGACUACACCUGCACUGCCUCUAAUGACCUGACCGGCCGCACUCAGAGUUUGACCCACACUCUGACAAUAGGAGAUAGGCCCUCCAGCCCAGCGUUGAGCCCAGGAGCAGCAGCAGGCAUAGCUGUAGCUGUGACGCUGGUUGUGGUGGCCUUAGUUGUGGGCCUCUACUGUGGCCUGACCUACCAUCUGAACUCGACUAAAGGCUCCUUAGGCGCAGGUAGAGAGACAGAGAGGAAACACACCCAGCAGAACCAAGCCAGCCAUGACAGAGGGCAUCUUAACCUUCAGUUCAGGUCACAUGAACCCAAAAUCAAAACCAGCAGAGAUCCCCAAGAGAUGAUGAGGACCCCAGGUAGAGAAACAGAGAUGAACCACACCCAGCAGAACCAAGCCAGCCAUGACAGAGGGCAUCUUAACCUUCAGUUCAGGUCACAUGAACCCAAAAUCAAAACUAGCAGAGAUCCCCAAGAGACGAUGAGGACCCCAGUUUCUGGAGACCGUGAUUGGAUCUAUCAAAACGUUUCACGUCUGACAACAAGAGUUGUAGAAGCUCCUCCUCUCCCCCCUAGAACCCAGAUACCCCGAGGCAGAACACGACCAGAUUUGGAGUCUGAAUAUGAGACUAAGAUUUCCAGUUAAUACCAGUCCGGCGUGUUCCCACCCCAUCCUCACGGUUGGUUCUGGACAGCACCCAUGGUUCUGGUCGCCUGAGUCACCUCUUCUCUCUAAUAGGGGGUUUGAAUGCUUUCGGAUGCUGUCUUCUCAAGUCGGUCAUCAAUAAUGCAUAAAGACCAUUUAAAUUAUAUUUAAUAAUAAAACAAUAUCAUGCUUUUUGAAAACUAUACAUUACU